AAUAAAACAACAACUAUCUGAUACAAUUAGCGAUAUUUCAAAUUAUUCUGCAAAAUGCGUGGUGUGGAAAGUGAAAACAAGCAUAAUUUGUGGGCAUCUUUACUUGAUGAAGUACAGUUCAAUAGAAGAAAUGCUUAUGGAGCUAUUGAAAGUCCAGAUAAACCACAAAUAAUUAUUUUGGGCAGUGAAUCUGUUGGCAAAACACGUCUUGUUGAAUGCAUAAACAAGGAAAAGGAGAUUACAUGUGCUAUUGGAUUAGAUUAUCACUUUUUAGAUCUUAGUGAAGACGGAAAAGAAGGUGAGUUAUCGAUUAAAAGAAAAAAAGAACUUUAA